UAGUACAGUGUAGUCGGCAUAUUUUUCUGUUCCACCAUGAGGUCCCUCGUCGUUGUUUCACUUUUGGUCGUCUCUACCUUAGCUCAUUCAGGGUUCCGACUCCUCAUUCCUAACGGCAUUAAUGUCCCUAACCCAUGCAUCAACGUUUUUGGGUUGUGGAAUGCGGUUGGACAUAAUAUUGAGAUCGGAGGCGGGCCGGGAAACGUGUUUGGAAUGGACUUUGUAACUGCCAAUACUCAAUGGACAAAAGAUCUGUGCCAGAAAGACUCCGACAUGGACGGCAAAACAAACGGGGAGGAGCUGGGGGACCCAAACUGUGUGUGGAAGCAGGGGGACACCCCAGCGGGGGACGCUACUGGUCACCCAGGUAUAUGUGAGCCUAUGUCGGACCCUAACUGUAUGAAGAUUAACGCCAAUAUCACUUGUGUAUAAAUAGUGUAGGUGAACGCAUCUACUAUCACUUUGAUAUGUAGAUAUGUAGAUAUAAACUCACAUCGUAAAUGUAGAAGACUGUAGUAAUGAAUUUAGAAUUCUAAUUAGGAUUGAUAUACAUGUUCAUUAUAAAGUGAAUUAUGAAAUAAAGGAAUGAAAUACAAUUGA